AUGUACAUGGCCAAAUAUGGCCCUAAGACUAAUGUGCUAUGUUUUCCAUUAAAAUCGGUUCAUCUACUUUCGAAAAAACUUAUAGUUAAGCGUUUCAAAUAUACCGUACCAAUCGAAGAUGAGAAGAAUAUGAGAUGCCUCGGUGGAAAUAAGACAAUAUCCCCUGAAGACGUUGAAUUUAAGCUAGCACAGUUGCGAGAAUUCACUAAUUCUCUUAAAGAUCGCAUUCAUAAUAUUGAGUUGGUCAAUUCAAAUAGCCAUCAAAGCAACGACAGACCACUAAUAUCAGAGAACUCAAGAAGUGACAAUGUUACUAAAAGUAUAUCUGUGACAGACGAAGUGGAAACCAAUAAACUAUCAGAGCUGAUUCAUUCCUCGUUUUCAGAAAAGAUUAAUCAUCUUGUACCGAAAGUUAUAAGGGAAAGAGUAGCAGAUGACAGCGUCCUUGAGAAAAAUGUUCUUGACAAAUCUCAUAUGAAUUGGGCACCUAUCAUAGAUCGGCUUUAUACCAGUGAGAAACGAUUAACGAGCAUUACUUCCAAGGAAUUUUCCGUCUGGUUGAGGUGUACAGUAAAAUAUUUACCGUUUCAUAGUAUACUCUACCUGGAUGAAAUGCUAUUAGAACAAAUCGGCGGAGAUGUUGUGAAGUUUGAUACCAACAUGUAUGAGUGCAUUUUUAAUAACUUAGGGAAUUUGAAGCCAAAUAGUUCUGGCCAGGAAAGUAUUGUUGAUGAUAAAGUUAUUCUAAAAAUGAAAGAGUUAUUAGAGAGGUAUGAUAAUUCAUUGAAAAUAAUUGAAGAAAGGCGUACUAAAAGACAGGGACCUUUGUUGAGAGCACCAAAGAUGACUCAAGCAAUACUCAAUAAUUGCUUGAAAUACUCAACCAAAUGUUCAAGUUAUAAUAAUAUGGAGUCUUUUAUUACAAGGUUCAAAGAUAACUAUGAAAUAUCUCUUAAUAAGCAGAAUUUAACCACGGUCAUACAGUUUUAUUCUAAGAAGAAAAUGAUUAAGCAAGCCUGGAAUACUUUUGAUACCAUGAAAUUUCUAUCUACAAAACACUUCCCCGACAUCCUCACAUAUAACACAAUGCUUCAAAUAUGCGAAAAAGAAAAGAAUUUCCCCAGAGCCUUAGAUUUAUUUCAAGAAAUACAAGAUCACAACAUAAAACCUACAACAAAUACCUAUAUAAUUAUGGCAAGAGUUUUGGCUACUUCAAGCAGUAAUACUGUUGUUAGCGAAGGGAAAUCAAACUCUUUAAGAUUAUUAGGAUGGAAAUAUCUUCAUGAGUUGCAAGAAAAAAAUCUUCACAGACACAAAAACGAUGAAUUAAAUUUAUUUUUGUCUAUGAUGGCAUUAUCUGCAUAUGACGGAGACAUUGAAUUAAGUAGAGCCCUGUAUUACUUAUUCAUCGGAAAGAAAUACAGAAAUUUGUGCGCAAAUUGGAAAGGAAAUAUUCUUUUGGAUCAAGAUAAAAUAUGGAAGUCUGUAUUAAUGCCGGAAAUGCUAAAUUAUUUGAUGCUUGCUUAUGCAAGAUUCGAUCCAAACAAUUUGCCAGUCCUAUCAGGUUAUGAAAAAGGUAUCGCUUUAAGAAGAAGGUUUCUUCGUGAAUUCAAUUCCUCCUCUAGGAUAGACGAUACAAACAAAGCUGUAAAGUUUAAACUGCCAUUUCUUCCAAUUAAUGAUUUGAACUUGGUGGCACAGAUAUUGGCAGAAUCUAAUGCAAUCUGGGGUUUCAACCUGGAAAAUGGAGGAACGUACGAUACAUUGACAUCUACUAUAGAAACAGUACAAGAGACAAUCAAAAAGCUCGCCCAAUCGUUUCAUUUAUUUGCUCAAGAGUCUAAGGAUUUGAAUGAUUUCAAGUUUAAAAUCAUGUAUGAAGUUACAAAAAUGCAAAGAGAAAGUAUUAACGUAAACGUGUUCAAUAAAAUUUCAUUAUACACAUACCUGACAAUUCCCAUAAAUUUGAAACAACAAAAGGAGUUUUUGCGAAGGUUGACAAAUUUUACUUUUCAACAACACGAGUUCGAAGCUGUCAUAAAGCGUUUAUAUGAAAGUUACCGUAACCUUUCCUUGUCGGAUCAAAUUGUUCAAAAUUCAAAUUCAGAUGAAGUCAAAUCAGUUUCCGAAAUUGAGGGGAAGGGAAGCUUGAAUGUGAGAAUAGAUGACAUAUGGUAUAUCACUUCUUUGAGAUGCAAGAUUAUGAUGGAUACUUCUCUAUAUGAGUUGGUAAUGAAAGCUGCCAUAGAAUUUCAAAAUGAGGACUUAGCUAAGAAAACGUGGAACGACAGGGGUAGAUUUAGGACAACCGUACCAUUUUUAAAGAUGGAUCAAAGAGUGAGAAUAACUGAGGACCAGAAGUUUGCGCGCUUGAUGGUUGACUUUUUCACCAAACAAGGAAAGUAUUCUGAUGCUUUAUCUAUUGUGCUAUCUUCAAAAAAUCGUUUCAAUUGGACAUACCCAAUGGUCAAAAACUUGCACCAGGCGUUGGAAGCGAUCGAGGAUAAAAAUAGUGUUGAAAUUUUACUAGACGUAGUAAAUAAAAAAUCCCAUGCAAGAGCCAUAAAGUGGGAUGAUCAAGAACUCACUAUUUAA